GCGCGGGGAUGCUGCGCCGCGCUCCGCCACCUGCACCAUGUUCCCCAGCGCCGCCGGCACCACGCCCUUCUCGGUGAGGGACAUCCUCAACCUGGAGCAGCAGCAGCAGCCCGGCGGCCUGGCCUCCAUGGAGCUGGCGGGCCUGGCCUCGCCGUCCUGCCUGCUGGCCGCCUUCAAGCACGAGCCCUUCGCCGCCGAGGCCGCGGCCCUGCCGGACUGGAUCCGGGGCGCCGGGAGCUUGCGGGAGGAGCGCAGCGCCGUGCUAAGGGCGGCGGGCAGGGCCGGGGCAAGCCCCCGGAGCUCGCCGCUGACUGCGCCGCGUGUCUGUUUCGCCCCAGACCUGUGCUCCCUGCAGGAGCAGGAGAAGCGGGACGUGGAGGAGCCCGACCGCCCCCGGCAAAGGAAGCGCAGGAAACCGCGCGUCCUCUUCUCGCAGGCGCAAGUGUACGAGCUGGAGCGGCGCUUCAAGCAGCAGAAGUACCUGUCGGCCCCGGAGCGGGACCACCUGGCCAGCGCGCUGAAGCUCACGUCCACGCAGGUGAAGAUCUGGUUCCAGAACAGAAGGUACAAAUGCAAGCGGCAGAGGCAGGACCAGACGCUGGAGAUGGUGGGCGCGCCGCCGCCCCGCCGCAUCGCCGUGCCCGUGCUGGUGCGGGACGGGAAGCCCUGCCUGGGCGAGUCCUCGCCCUACAGCCCCCCGUACAACGUGAGCAUCAGCCCCUACAGCUACAACGCCUACCCCGCCUACCCCAGCUACGGCGGCCCGGCCUGCAGCGCCAGCUACAGCUGCAGCUACCCGGCCGUGCAGGCCGUGCCGCCCUCGGCCGCCGGCAGCGGCUUCGUCAAUUUCGGCGUCGGGGACUUGAACUCCGUGCAGGCGCCGCUGCCGCAGGGCAGCGCGGGCAUCUCCACGUUGCACGGGAUCCGCGCCUGGUAGAGCCGCGCGGGGACGGCUGAACCCCGCCGGGCUCCCCGUGGUGCCCGCCGGCCGGGGCUCAGGCAGCCGCAAGGGAGGCGCUAGCCUGGUUCCUGCGGGGGCACGCCCGGUUAGACGUGCGUGCGGGGGGGGCCUUUCCCUAGUGCAGCUGCCAGCCCCCGGCCCGGGGCAGCCCGUGACGACCCCGCACACCCGCCCCCAGCCGGCUUCUCCCCUUGGCA